AUGAAUUGUGUAUCCCCAAGCAAGAGUGAUACAAAAGUGCAAGCCCUGAAACGAUGUGCUGAUGCAAGUCAUAGUCAAACAAAACUUGAGAAUAGGUCAUAUUCUGCUAUGCAGCAAAGGCAGGUUCAUCCUGCCUCUCCUUCUAGCAUGAAGCAGCCAUCCAAUAUGAAGUCGAUAUCCCCUGGUAGGAGUGACAUGCAAGUGCAAAACCUGAAACUAUGUGCUGCUGCAAGACAUGAUCAGGCAAAGAUUGAUGACAACCCAUAUUUUGCUAUGCGGGAAAGUCAACUUCAUUCGGCAUCUCCUCCGCAUGUGAAACAGUUGUCAAAUAUGAAGUGCAUAUCCUCCAAUAGGACUGCUACACAAGUGCAUGCCACCAAACGAUCUGCUACUGCAAGUCAUGAUCAGGCAAAGAUUGAUGACAUAAACAUGGAUUGUGAAGCAAGAUCUGGUGGUUUCAUGCCUAUAAUUCAUGAAUGUAGAACAAGUGAACCAGUUAAAGUAAAAAUUGACUCCCUGAUUGAACACAAAGGUACAGAAAAGAAGAUAGUGAAUGCAGAAAAAAGAGAAAUUAACUCUCAGACUGAGCUUGAGCCUAGGGAAAAGGGGACCUUAUGCGCUUCAGAUGAAGAUACUGGGUACAAAUCUGAAAUGGGGAGUCUGAACCAGAACAAAGACGUGAUUCUCGUCAUGGGUUCAACUAUGGAGUAUUCAAGACGCCCAACACCUACAAAUUGUUGGAGGGGAUGCUUUCAUGUCUUCUGUGCUGGAGAAAAGCUAAAUCUUGGUGAAUUUAAAGCCUACUUUCCAUCAAAAGUGUCAUCCAGAGUUAAUGAUAUUGUCAAGAUGAUGCCCACUGAUCUACAGCUGGAGUUAUUACCUCGAAUGAAUGACUGGCCAAAAUCUUUUGAGACUAUUAAUCCAGUUCAUGAAGACAUUGGCGUGUUCUUCUUUUCUAAUAAACCUGAUGGGUAG